GUUCCGCAUCUAUAGGACCAUCUUUGCAUCAUGGCGGUAUAUUGAUAAGGCUUCCUGAUCAUUCGUUCUCUUCACAAGCAUCAUCCGAAAGCUGACAUAGUGCUAUCCAUCCAUCGCUUUAACACGGUUUCUUUCGAGGAGUGGUCGAUGGCCGGUGGACCACGGGACCAGGAGGUCUCUGGGAAAAUGGCUCGUCCAGGAAUACAUCCAAGAGGAAUUUCGGCUCCGGCAGAUGCGAAGGGCUAUCCAGACCCUCCAGUCAAAACAGCUGCCCCAAAUUCUCGGAAAGGCGGAUCCGUGACUUGCUCCCAUAAGGCUGCCAGUCUUUCAUCCCUCCUAGGACCUGUCACUCCUUCCGAGCUUAAUUUACACACUCCUUUACCUGGAUCCAAGAACUACAAUGGCAAGGUUGCGAAGUAUGCUCACCCGUCUCUGCGCAGGAGAGUUAAAAGGAUUAGACCUGGCAGUGAUUCGAAACAUCCUCCAGGCUCCCCAGCACCGGCGAAAAGUGCCACUAGGAUCAGGAACCCACUUGUCCGCGCUACCCCAGAGACUGGUUUGAGAGCCCCAGUGUCGUCAGACAGGUUCAUUCCUAGGCGAGAAUCAAGCAGUACGCCCUCAACGCCGUAUCGGGUAGGGAAGAACCCACGGGAACUAUCACCGGAGGAGAAGCUUCUACGACGACGCUCGCCAAAGGAGGACCCAUUCCUUCCCACACGCUUCCGAAAAUCUGUCAGCACUCCGAGGAUACCAUCAGACCGUAUAUGCAGUACUCACCACGGCCCUCAUCUUGUGAUUGACCCAGCCCUUGCGGGGAGCGAUUUUUUUCGUGGCUCUAUAGACGUCUCCAGACAGAUCAGUAAUGGGGCUGUUUGGAACGUAGGAGGAACAUCAGCUGCACUUGGUCGUCGGUCUAUGGCGACCCCCAGUGGUUCUGGUGGGCAGCUUGCAAGUGGGACGACAGCCCCGAUGUUUAAUGCCAAGUUUUUGCCCCAGGUGGCGUCGACUGAGGAACGUGAGAGACACAAGUCCAGGGUUGCUCUUGCGUUGGACAUUGACCCGGCCACAAGACUACUCAAGAACUGUCAGCUCCGUCCUACGCUUGGGUCUUUACCAAACCCUUCCUCUCCAGACUACGAACGAUUUUCCCCAUUCGUAUGGAAAGACAACGCCUGGAAGCGAGCCGAGAGAGAUCAUUGGGCAGUCGUGUCGAAGGAAGGCGAGCGAGUAGUGCCGAAUCGCCCGUUUCGCAUCUUAGACGCCCCGCUCCUUCGCGAUGAUUUCUAUUGCUCGACACUGGCAUACUCUUCUGCUUCCGGCAUACUUGCUGUAGGCCUGGGGCACCGGGUUUAUCUCUGGUCCGAACACUUGGGUGUACAACAUCCCCCCUUUAGCGAUCAACACCCCUCGAACUACGUGACGUCAGUAGCAUUCUCCUCCGAGAAUGGGGGCAAAAGCAUUCUAGCUGUUGCGAGGCAGUCGGGUACGCUGUAUCUGUGGAGCACCUUUGACUCAGACGUCCGGUUCGAAAUUAGUCACCCGGACGCCAUUACCUGCGUGGCAUUUAGACCAACGAAGACCCGUAGGAUCUCAGAGAGGCUUCGCAGCGUCGAAGUAGAUGUCGAAGAGCUCGCUGUUGGUGAUGACCUUGGAAAUAUCUGGUAUUACUCCGUGGAGUGGCCGGAUGACGAGGCAUGGGAUCAAUAUGACUGGAAUGGGGCCAUGACUUUACUUGCCAAGAUCUCUGCGCACACUCAACAGAUCUGUGGAAUAACAUGGUCUCCGGACAGUUCCUACCUUGCAACCGGUGGGAAUGACAAUUGCUGUCUGAUAUUCGAGCUUCAUGAUAUCCUCCCUCAACGGGACCCCCGGGCUCCCCCCCAGAGCUGUCCGUCGCACCAAUCCUGCCAGUCAGAGGGCACUGAAUGCACAGGUACGUUCUCCUGUUUCGCAGCGAGUGCCGGCAAACGACUCUUCCAAAGACGCAGUCUUAUUAGCCAUCUGCUCCCGCCUUGGGCGUUUUCGUGCGCAAAGCCUCUGUCCUCGUCUCUCCUUAACCAUACUGGGGCUCUGGUCUCCGGGGCUGAUCGUACGGUGCUGGUUCCGGCCAACCGCCAGAAGCAUCGGCUGGUCCAUGGUGCUGCAGUCAAGGCGAUUGCGUUUGCCCCUUGGCAACCAUCUCUCCUGGCCACUGGUGGCGGGUCUAAUGACCGGGCGAUUCAUUUUUACCAUGCACCAACCGGCGCGUGUUUGGCCACUAUCAACGUGUAUGCCCAGGUGACAAGCCUGAUUUGGAGCAGAACCCGACGGGAAAUCGUUGCCACGUUCGGGUUCGCGCAGCCGGAACAUCCGUUCCGCAUCGCAGUGUUUGCCUGGCCCAGUUGUGAACAGCUUGCAGCGAUCCCCUGGGGGCCGCAUGGCAGUAGUUGGGACAGCCCCGAGGACGACAUGGUGCUUGACUGCGGGCGUGCACUCUGCGCUGUGAGCUAUCCUGGCCGCCCCACUACUCGUGAAGAUCGAAGGCCCGGUUUUGAAGACCAGCCUGCCAGAUCAAGUGUGAUGCAUGACCGGCUAGCUGAACAAAGCCGGGGUGAGCCUGGUCGACGCAGUACGGGCCGAGCAGUCGUACGACCUCGGGCAAAAGAAGGGGGACUGUGGUGCUCCCGCACGGUGCAGGAAGGGUGCAUCAUCGUGGCCUCCAGUGACCAGAGCGUUAAGUUCCAUGAGGUCUGGAGCGGACCCAAGCGCAGCGCGACGGUUGUGGCCGGGCCUUUGGGGGGCAGUGGCAUUCUCGAAGGGCUCGAAGGGCUGGAGAUCCUGGGGGACGAGAUCAUUCGCUGAUAUCAGGUAAAGCAGAGCGAGAAGUAUUGUUAGCAUCGGUUAGCAUGCCGGAUGUGUUUUCAACUAUCCUUAAUGGCCUACAGCGAGGUGUGCUGAGGAUGUACCUAUUGCCGUGUACGCCGUACGGUAUCGGUAUCCUUAUGGGGUUGUGAUAGACUGUGGGGGGGACUCGAGGGAAACCCAAUAAACUGCCGAUCGGUCUCGGAUUGGGGUUCGUUCAUUCAAUAGCGC